ACUUCCUGAAUCCGUCAUUUCUCACUCUCUCUUGUGUAGGCUGUAGCUAAGCCACAACACAAACAGCUUGACUGCAUAACCCACUGAUCAAAUAGAGGGCAAAACGAAGACGAAGGAGAGUCGAAGUUGAAAAAUGGGAACCCUUGGGAAAGCAAUUUACUCCCUAGGAUCCAUCGUUCGAGCGACCGGCCAAGCCCUUGAUCGCGUCGGCAAUCGACUUCAAGGCAGCUCCUACUUAGAGGAACACCUGUCUAGGCAUCGAACUCUUAUGAACAUACUCGAUAAAGCUCCGGUGGUGGAUAAGGAUGUGUUUGUGGCUCCAGGUGCCUCAGUCAUCGGAGACGUACACGUGGGACGGAAUUCAUCUAUUUGGUAUGGAUGUGUGUUAAGAGGUGAUGUUAACAGCAUCAGUGUUGGAUCUGGUUCCAAUAUACAGGAUAACUCCCUUGUUCAUGUGGCCAAAUCAAAUAUAAGUCAAAAGGUGCUACCCACCAUUAUAGGGAACAAUGUCACUGUUGGUCAUAGUGCUGUUGUACAUGGCUGCACCAUUGAGGAUGAGGCCUUCAUUGGUAUGGGAGCCACGCUGCUUGAUGGUGUCCAUGUAGAGAAACAUGCCAUGGUUGCUGCAGGAGCCCUUGUGAGACAGAACACAAGGAUCCCCUCUGGAGAGGUAUGGGCAGGCAAUCCAGCUAAGUUUCUGAGGAAGCUAACUGAUGAAGAGAUAGCCUUCAUUGCCCAGUCGGCAACCAAUUACUGUAACCUCGCUCGUGUUCAUGCAGCUGAGAAUUCCAAGUCCUUUGACGAAAUUGAAUUUGAAAAGAUGCUUCGUAAGAAGUAUGCCAAACGCGAUGAGGAAUAUGAUUCUAUGAUUGGUGUUGUCCGCGAAACACCUCCCGAGCUUGUACUUCCUGAUAAUAUUCUCCCUGAAAAAGCUGCAAAGAGUAUCAUCCAAUGAGAUCCCUGCCCAAGCAACUCUCUCUUUUUUGCUUUUCUGAGAUUGAUUUUACCCUGUGAGCAUUGUAUGGGAUAGUCAUGGAUAUUGGUUGUUGCGCCUCCAAAUAAUACCAAACUUAUUGGAUAGCAUCGAUAUGUCAGUGCUUGUAGUUAAGACUUUUGCCCCUAGGUUCCCAGGCACUUGUUCAUCUUGGGAGAGGACUUACACCCAAAAGCCAUAUACAUUUGGUGCUUGUAACUUGGAAAUUGUUUUCAUAGAUGCUAAAUUGUACUUGGAAUAACAUGAAACAUUGAUAGCGCGUUCCAAAAGUAGUUCUGUCUCAGAUGAAGCAUUUGUGUUGGCAA